AAAGCAACAGAAGUCUAUUUAAGUGUGUCCCUCUUCCUCAUCAACAACCUUUGAAAAAUUAGUUACAGUUAAUAUUUAAGAGAAGAUGAGAACAGAAUUACUAACAUGGUCCUUUUUUAUUCUCUGUCUGGUUGUUCAUUCUGCAUGUGAAAGCACUUCCAACCCUAAAACUGGAGAUUAUACACCUCUGAAGAAGCAGCAUGACCACCUUAAGCAUAAUGAUGUAUAUGAUAUGAUGAACAAAUCAAGCAGAAAAAGCCAUCAAAGAAUGCAUGAAGUUCAGCAUUUAAGGAUUUCCCUGAGAGCAAAACCAGUCUACGGUAGCGCCUCCUACCUUAGGCGCCCCCGUCCCACCAAGGGUGCAGCAAGCUCUAUACUAGCUAAACCCCCCACUUUCUUCCUGUCCGCAGUGCUCAGGCAUGUUGCUGUUGGAUUGAUCAUCUUUGCUCUGUAUUAAUCGCUUGAGGUAAUUUUGCAAACGUGAUUUAGGACGCGAUCGAUGUGGAAGUUUUGCAUGAAACUUUCGCUGUUAAACCCGGCGUUUAAAUCCGUUUCCGAAACCUGCUUCUUAUUUGUAAAUUAGAAUGUCUGCGCCGCCAUCCUACCGGCUGUGUUAAUCUUAAUUCUGUGUUCAUUCUUUCAAUUGUGAUGUAUCAAUAGGUUUGUAUAUGCUAUUGAUAUCAUCAACCCCACAUAAAUUUGCAUGUUGUUUCCUGGAAAAGAAUAUAGAAACUUCGUGUUCCUGAUUUUGAUGGUCAUGUACCACGUAUACACGUCGAAAAAAAAUUAUUGUAUCAUACUGGAACACUUUUACAAUUAAUAUAUUUGUGUUGAGGG